AUGGACAGUGCCCAAGGUGCUGUACGUCUCAUUGAGAUAUUACGCACCUCUUUGGUUGAUGUACCAGAACAUAAUUCACCUCACCCAUGGAAACAAGCUUUCAGCUCUCGUGAGGGUGAUUUCCAUUUUCGCUAUGACGAAUUCUCACUCGAUAUCACACAGUCUUGCACGAGCUUUCCUCCGCUGCAAGCUAUAGGCCCAGUCGUACUGUGGAUUCUCGUAGACAUACUCAUGAUCCUUCGCAUACGCGCUCUCUACAGGGCUCAAAAAUCCGUUGGUGUUACAGUAAUAUUCAUCUGGCUCGUCGCAGCCUGUGUUGUCAUCCCUGUUACCGUGUACUGCUUCCGCCUCUCCAGACCUGUUCCGGCGCCCCCACCAUUUGACGCGAUUGCUGGCUGUGUGGUGCCCUCCAUCAACUUCAAAAAGAUAGGAAUGAUCAAGAUAGCCGUUAUGAAUCAAUUUAAUACAGCUAUCAACGCUGCGGACCUGGUGGUAUCAUGUGGCGGGCCCAGCACAUUCCCCUACGUUGAUUUGCUGCAGUUCUGGCUCGGCGCUUUCUACAGCUACGCCGGAUGUCAUCUCAUUUUACACCUGCGCAGUGCUAGCAGCUCUCUAACAUCACUCACGAGCUUCGCGGACUGCGCGGAUCUUGAGGUCAGAUACCCAGCAAAAGGGAAAGAUUCAGAGUCGCCGUUGAAUGACGAUACCUGUACUAUGAUCUCUCUUUCCGCCCGAUAUGGUGACGCUUUGCACAAUAGUACAAUGGGGGCCGAGUCCGACAUCGUUCAAGCAAGUCGCACGAGCGAAAACGACGAGUCGAGUAGCCAGCAUAUUUCAACCGCUGUUUAA